AGGUGAACAAUUCCUUCAUCCAAAAUUCGAACUGUAGGUCGCGACGUUUGCGCACUGGCGACGUAAGUUCCUACCACAGCAUAAGCGAUUGUGGAAUCGGCUUGCGAAUGACGAGCUGCAGACAGCACCAACAAAUAGCUAUACAUAUCUAACAAAGUGAGAGCGAGAGAGACGGGAGCAGCAGAAAAGAAAGAUCCGUGAUCCACUUGCUGUGGCCGUGCAUAUGUGCACUCGCUCUCUCCCGUGCACUGGUGCAGCGUAUAGUGCGGUUUUUCGUUUUUUCGCAUGUCAGUUGGACAGCGGAGCAGCGAGUCGCGGCGCGGCAGCGAGCAGCGCAUAAACGAGUGGUCAUCAGGCGAGAACAAGUUGUGCUGUACAUUUGUUGUGUGCGCGUUGACGUCGAGUAGUGAAGCUGUCUGGAGCGCGCAAACACACGUCGUGGACCAAAGAUCAACAACCCCAAUCGUCGUCAUCAACUGCGGCUGCUGCGUGUGGCAGGUUAUGGAUCUGAGGCAUAGGGAUCGGGGUGUGGCUGUUGGCGCGAACAUUAUUUGUAAAUAAAAGCUGUGAUCGCGAUUGUUGUGAGCUGCAGGAACAAAGGAUCGCUCUUCCGCGACUCGCGGUAGCUGCAGGCACCUGCGCCACUCACGUUGCCUACCGGGGGCUGCCUGCAUUUGCAUUCCUCGAAUGUCGAUUGCUCAUCGAGGAUGUUGCUACUGCUGCUGUUGAUUCGCGCACAACAUCAUGUUACAGCUGAUUUUUCAUCGUUGUACUGUUGAGACUUGUGGCGGCUACGUCAAAAGCAGGAGGACAAGGAUUCGUUGACAUCUACUGAUCUGUCCAGUUGAUCAAUCAACAGUCCGCAAAGCGGAAAUAAGGCUUGCACAUUUGAGUCGCAGGCUCAUGAGACCUAAGGCUCGGUACCCUAUGAGGGAUGUUGAGCUCAACCGCUCCCUCUCAGGCCCACGAGUAUACCGAGAUGUCUCGGUUGGCAGAUUACUUUGUCAUCGUGGGCUACCAUCAUGAAAAAGAGAGAAGUGGCACCAGUAGUGGCAUUGUUAUACAAAGGUUCCCUGAAAAAGAUUGGCCUGACACUCCAUUUAUCGAAGGGAUAGAAUGGUUUUGUCAACCACAAGGAUGGGCACUGUCCACAGAAAGGCAAGAACCAAGGUUCUUUGUGUCUAUAUUGACCGAUAUAGAUGCAAACCGCCAUUAUUGUGCUUGCAUGUGCUUCAAUGAGACAGUAUCCAUAACACCAAGCAAACCAGUGGACGAAGAAGAGGAACCAGUAGAUGGAGAUAGUCGAACUUUAGUCAAAAGCUUACCUACUAUUGCUCAUCAUAGCAUUAUGUAUGCACCAAAAUGUUUAGUACUAGUGUCAAGACUGGAUUAUAUAGAGACCUUUCGUAAUUGCCUUGGAAUUAUUUACACUGUUUAUGUUGAAAACCUUGGCAUACCACUGGAAACCCUUGUUGGCAACAUUUUAGGAUGCAUACAAGUGCCACCAGCUGGUGGACCUCAAGUUCGAUUUAGCAUUGGUGCUGGUGAUCGCCAAGCAUUGCAACCACCUAUUAGCCCUUCUCUUCCAAUUACCCAUACAAGUGUAAAUUUAUUAUUUCAACAGUUAGGUAUCCGCAAUGUGUUGGUAUUGUUUUGUGCUGUUAUGACAGAGCACAAAAUUUUAUUCCAUUCAGCUAGCUAUUCAAGACUAACAGAAGGAUGUAGAGCUCUCACUGCACUAAUGUAUCCAUUUCGUUACAAUCAUGUGUACAUUCCACUUUUGCCUGCAGCUUUAGUCGAAAUAUUAAGCACACCUACCCCGUUUAUAAUGGGGGUGCAUAGCUCUCUAAAAUCGGAAGUAGCCGAACUCAUGGACGUCAUCGUGGCGGAUUUGGAUGGUGGUUCAAUAAUAGUACCGGAUGGAGUGUCCCUACCUUUACUACCGGAACCGCUUCUAUCACAGACUCAAGAUGCCUUGUCUCUAGUUUUGCAACCGGAACUGAGUUGCGCGGAUUAUGCGUUUCCGCCGCUGGCCACCCGAGCGCCUCAUCCACCAAUGCUCGACAAGGAACUCCGAGCAGUUUUCAUGAGAACGUUUGCCCAAUUGCUGCAGGGCUAUCGAAGUUGCCUCACACUUAUUCGCAUUCAUCCGAAGCCCGUGAUAGCAUUUCACAAAGCGGCUUUCCUCGGAGAACGUAACUUGACGGAUUGUGAUUUUUCAACGCGAGUAUUAGAUUGCAUGUUUUUCACGUCUUUUGUUGCUGAGCGAGGACCGCCGUGGCGAUCUUGUGAUGUUUGGGACGAAUUGUACAGUAAUUUAAGCGACCAAUUGAAGCAAGAACUACAGGAUCAUAGGUUAAUAUUAAGUCACAUUCAAGAGCUAGCGCAACAGUUGUACACCAACGAGAACCCGAAUCCGCAACCGUACGUUCAAAAAAUUUUAAAGCCUCCCGAGGGAGCAUUCGCAAGAAUCCAUCAGCCCCUUUUACCGCGAAUCAAUGCUGAAACAGUUCAAGCAAUCAUCGACGAAGGUCUUGCGAAGAGUAAUCUCAAAGUCAGAUUGUCGUCGUUAAGGCCGAUUCAACCGCGAAUCGUACCGUCGGGACCGCACAUAUCGAUGGUGCAUGAUACGAGGCAUUUGGUCAGCAAUUCCGCUCGUCGAUUAGAGGUACUGCGUGCCUGCGUCAACUGCAUCUUCGAGAACAAAAUCUCGGACGCUCGCAAGACUUUUCCGGCGGUGCUACGAGCCCUCAAAAGCAAAGCCGCACGAUUGGCCUUGUGCAACGAAUUGUCGCAACAUGUUGUGGGCAAUAAGGCGAUGCUCGAGCAUCAGCAGUUUGACCUCGUGGUGAGGUUGAUGAAUUGUGCACUUCAGGAUGACUCGACAAUGGACGAACACGGAGUCGCCUUCGCACUGCUACCCUUGGCUUCGGCCUUCUGUAGAAAGCUCUGCACCGGCGUUAUUCAAUUCGCUUACACAUGUAUUCAGGAGCACGCAGUCUGGCAGAAUCAACAAUUCUGGGAGGAUGCCUUCUACUUGGACGUGCAGAAGGACAUCAAACGUCUGUACGUGCCUGGUGAGAACAGCUUGUCGCGAUUCAACGACGGAAUGAGCCCGACGAGUCCGCGAGAUAACAAGGACUACAUGCGAGACCGGACGCUAAUAUACCGGGGUCAGGAACCGUCCGCCCUGGAGAUCGCCGCGGAGCAGAUGAGGAUAGCCUCGAGCAUUAGCCCGGAGAAGCAGCGCGAGAUGAUAGCAAGCGAAGAGAGCACGCUCUACAGUCAAGCCAUUCAUUACGCCAACAGAAUGGUCAACCUUCUUGUGCCAUUGGAUAUCGGAGCUAAGACUCAUCGUCAGGACCACAUCUUCGACGAUGAGCGCGCAAGCAACAGCAUCACGAACAGCGUUGCAAGCGACAGCGGUGACGCAGAGUCGGGCUUCGAGGAAACUGAUCCCGGAGAGCUGGGCAGCGCAGUGAUAAGGAUGGUGUCACGAUUCGUCGAUCGCGUGUGUACCGAGGGAGGUGUUAGCACGGAGCACGUCAGGUGCCUUCACCAAAUGGUACCUGGUCUCGUGCACAUGCACAUCGAAACUCUUGAGGCGGUUCACAGGGAGAGUAAACGCUUACCUCCUAUCCAGAAGCCUAAGAUAUUAACCCCUAACAUGCUGCCUGGAGAGGAGGUUAUUAUGGAGGGACUGCGCGUCUAUCUUUUACCUGAUGGCCGAGAGGAAGGUUCGACCAGUCUUCCGAAAACGCCACCUUUCUUGCCUGCGGAAGGAGCGAUUUUCCUUACAAAUUAUAGGAUUGUCUUUAAAGGAAUUCCCUGCGACCCUUUUGCCUGUGAACAAAUGGUAGUUCGAGCGUUCCCAGUAACUUCUCUCACAAAAGAAAAACGAGUGCCCGUACAACAUUUGGCCCAUCUCGAUCAAUGCCAUCAAGAAGGAUUACAGUUACGAUCGUGCACUUUCCAAUUGAUUAAGCUAGCAUUUGACGAGGAAGUCACUCCUGAGAAUGUGGAAACACUGCGAAAGCUCGUUCACAAGGCUCGAAAUCCUCCCCAUAUUUUUCAUCAUUUUGCCUUCAGUGGACAAGUGUUGGUCGCUCCAACAACGCACAAUAAGAGCAAAGAAAAGCAUGCAACUCUAAAGGGCUUCGCCAAGAAAACUCUUCUGAAGACAGCAAGGAAAGCAGGUUUCAAGCCCAAACAGUCGUCAAAGAGGCAGAAAUAUGUUUUGCCAAACAUGAAUCUCACUAGUAGUAAUAAAUAUAUGACAUCCCCUGGUCGAAUGAGUCUGCCCAUCACGGAAAACCAUGAUUUAAGUCACGACGAUGAUUUAAGCAUCGACGAAUUCGAAAUGCCAGGUAUCGUAGUUCCUCCCGUAACAGAUGCCAAGACUUUAGAGCGAUUAUCAGAGCGAAGUUACGUGAGAGAUUGGUAUCGACUUGGCCUGUGCUCAAAUGGCCCGCAAAACAAUCUGCGCAACGAGCCAUUCCGCUUGACUUCGGUCAACUGUGCCUACAUGAUAUGCAGAAGCUAUCCCGCGCUAUUUAUAGUUCCUACCUCCGUAUCCGACGAAAGCAUCCGUAGGUUUUGUAGAUUGUACAGGCAUAAUCGAGUGCCCAUCGUCACUUGGCGUCACCCGCGCACCAAAGCUUUACUUAUCAGAGGUGCCGGUUAUCACGGCAAGAGUGUCAUGGGCAUGCUCAAAGCUCACCCGACUCCCGGUGGAAAUUUAAAAGUGAGCUCGUCAGAAAGCACCUCGACUUUGGAACAAGAAAAGUACAUAGCAGCUCUUGUUGCGUCGACUCCGGUAUCAAUUUUACGCCAAGCUUCAGCUUGGGGUAUGUCAGACAGCUCAUUGAGCAUAGACUCUCUUCUCUUGGCAGCCGAGGAUAGGAAUGCUACUCCGGAACAAUCGCGAAGAAAUCCAUUCAACAAGGCCAUAGGCACUUUAGGUUCAUCCGGCGGUAAAGGACCGAAAAAUUUUGGUAGAUGGGGAUCUUUAAAAGAUAAAAGACAAAGUUCUCAAGCAUCCUUGGCUUCGACAAACCAAAGAGGAACGGUGAGACAUUCGGCUGACUCAGACAGCGGAACAGAGUGUGUUCAUACUUUCCAACGAGCUGCACUUUAUAUACUUGGCGAAAAAGCACACAUGAAGGGAGUUAAAGCUGAAUCUACACCCAAAACUGAUUAUAUACCAGUAGAAUUUUACGACGUAAGGCACACAAAAGCUGCUUUUAAAAAACUUGUUAGAGCUUGUGUCCCCAGUUCUACAAAUUUAGAACCUGACGCUAGCUUUUAUAAACUCAUAGAAAGUUCAGAAUGGCUACAACAGCUACAGAGUCUCAUGCAACUUGCUGGAGCUGUUAUAGAUUUGAUGGACUUGCAAGGCUCUUCAGUAGCGGUUUGCCUAGAAGACGGUUGGGACACCACUGCCACUGUUUGCUCUAUCGCUCAAGUAUGCUUGGACCCACAUUACCGAACCAUCGAAGGUUUUCGAACUCUCAUAGAAAAAGAGUGGCUUGGUUUUGGUCACCGAUUCGGUCAUCGUAGCAAUCUUGCCGUUAAUUCACAAACCACAAAUUUCACACCAACGUUCUUGCAGUUUCUUGAUAUUGUGCAUCAAAUUCAACGGCAGUUUCCACUAGCCUUUGAAUUUAACGACUAUUAUCUGAAAUUUCUGGCUUAUCAUUCAGUUUCCUGUAGAUUCCGAACUUUCCUCCUCGACUGUGAAUUCGACAGAGUCGAGUGUGGAAUCACGGCCGUUGAAGAUAAAAGAGGAUCAUUGACAAGCCACCAUAAAAGCGUGGAUACCGGAAGCGAUGAUGAGACUGUGUAUCCCGGAGGCAGACUAGCUGGCACCAACACUGGAUCGAAUCUAGGCCAAAGCGUCUUCGAUUACAUCGAAAAGCAACAUGCGAGAUCGCCGUUAUAUUACAAUUUCAUGUACACGCCGAAUACAGAUAAUCCAGUUCUUCGACCAGUAUCCCAUUUGCCAAGUCUCGAUAUAUGGAGUUACUAUCUGGAAGAAGAGCUGGCUCAUGGACCCGCUUACGACCUGGAAAUCAUUCAGCAAGAUUCUCAACAGGAGGAAGAAGCUGAAGCUGCAGACGGCAUUGUUAAAAGUAAUCGAAAAGUCGUCACACAGGGAUACAACAGUGUUUGCUCGAUGGUUCCCGAUCAAUUUACGCACUUAUUGGAAGAAAUUCACAAACUCGAAACCGAGCUUGGACAUUUGCCGCAGAAAUGGAAAGUGUUAUGGGACAAAUUAGAGUUGCCCAAUACUGAUUCACUUACCAGACACGCAUCGUUUAGUACGGAUCUCGUAAGACACCAUGGUCGACUGAUUCACAAACGAUCUACGUUAGAGUUAUUGUUAAAAGGAAAGCUUGCUGGAGGUAGCACAACAGGAAACGAAAGCUCUGUGUAUGUUCACCCUCAUCGAUUUGAAAAGCUCACGACAACAGCUACACCGCAGCAUUGCGAUGCGUGCUCUGGCGUAUUAUGGGGACCGGUGAAAGGUGGUUUAAGGUGUGUCGAUUGCGGGCACGUGUGCCAUGACAAAUGUGCUGAUUCUAUAUCUAAAAACUGCACAAAGUAUAAAACGACUGGCUCAGAUAAUAUACAAAAUUAUACGCUUACUCGAAGUGUCGGUGAUAAUGGAAGCGUUAAUUCCAGCGUCACUACAAUACAAACUUCAUCACAACAAUAUUAUGAACAAUUUUCAAGUAACGUAGCUGAAAAUAGAACUCAUGAAGGUUACUUGUACAAAAGAGGAGCUCUACUAAAAGGAUGGAAACAACGUUGGUUUGUUUUAGAUUCGAUAAAACAUCAAUUGAGAUAUUAUGAUGCUAUGGAAGAUUCCAACUGUAAAGGUUACAUAGAUCUCGCUGAAGUUGUAUCGGUAACACCAGCAGCUCCUGUACAGGCACCCGGAAAGAAAACUGAUGACAAGUCCUUCUUUGACCUUCGUACAAACCGACGAACGUACAACUUCUGUGCAGGUGACGCCGCGACUGCACAAGAAUGGAUCGAAAAGGUCCAAGCGUGCUUGCAGUAGUGCCUCGAUUUCGAUUUAUUAUCUUUAUACGAAAUUCAACAAGUGACUGAUAGGAUAAUUAUCCCGAUAUGUGAAAUACUUUUGUAUAGUGUAAUCGUAAACGUCAUGAACAGUAAAAUUGCGUUAAUGUUAUAAUUUUUAUUAAUUAAAAUUUAUUAAAGAUUAUGUGAUUGUCGUGUUCUGAUUGAUAUUUAUUGUGAAUUAAUUGUGGAAUUGAAAGCCAUGUAAUUUUUUGCUACUACGAGCGAUAGUCACAAAACUUGUUCUCAUUUUUAUAAAGGUUGUUCAAUUUUGCCUUUUUGACAAGUGAUUACAUAAUUUAUGGAAGCGUUACAGUUUUCUUGUAAACCUACUUUCCAUCGAUUGCGUACUAGUAAUUAUUAAGAAUCACGCAAAACUAUAAACAUAUAAGCUAUGUAUAUCCUUGAUAUAUCAAUAAUAGGAUUGUUAUUAUUGCUAGAUUUGCAUUAUACAUUUUACUUAUUGUCAACUAUAAAUUAGAUAAACGGAGAAGAAUGACUAGCUCCUGAUCGUUCAGCUUCUUCAGAUUUUAUAACAUGAAAAUGCUUAAAUCUUACAUAGCAGUUGACUAAAGUGACGAUGAAUAAGUUGUGUUAUGUUAUUAUUAUAACUAAAACGGGUUAAGAACGAUCGGUCCGACGCUAAUUACCGUGUGUCUCCUUUAAAAACUGUACAAAUAUUCUUGUAUAAAUGGCUAUAUAUACACAUACACACACACACAAUGAAUAUAAAAUACCUUAGCAUUUUCUCUUGCUUCCCAUCAUUUUAAAUCGAGUGCCAUAACGGGAAUGCAUAUCUGUCAAUUUUAUAACAAAUCGUUGCCCGUUUACAAUUUUUAACCUCGUAAAAUAAAUAUGAA